AUGGCAACCUCUGCAAUCCAACAAUCUGCGUUUUCCGGCCAGACCGCUUUGAAGCAGUCAAAUGAGCUUGUCCGUAAGGUUGGUUCCUUUGGUGGUGGUCGUAUUACCAUGCGCAGGACUGUCAAAAGUGCUCCCCAAAGCAUAUGGUAUGGCCCAGACCGCCCAAAGUACUUGGGUCCAUUCUCUGAGCAAACCCCAUCAUACCUGACCGGUGAAUUCCCUGGUGAUUAUGGAUGGGACACUGCUGGUCUGUCUGCAGACCCUGAGACAUUUGCCAAGAACCGUGAACUUGAGGUGAUCCACAGCAGAUGGGCCAUGCUUGGUGCACUUGGAUGUGUCUUCCCAGAAGUUCUUGCAAAGAAUGGUGUCAAGUUCGGUGAGUCAGUUUGGUUCAAGGCUGGAUCUCAAAUCUUCUCCGAGGGUGGCCUUGAUUACCUUGGAAACCCCAACCUCAUUCAUGCUCAGAGCAUCCUCGCAAUCUGGGCUAGCCAGGUUGUGCUCAUGGGAUUUGUUGAAGGCUACAGAGUCGGUGGAGGACCACUUGGCGAAGGACUUGACCCCAUCUAUCCUGGCGGUGCCUUUGACCCACUUGGCCUCGCUGAUGAUCCUGAUGCAUUUGCAGAAUUGAAGGUUAAGGAGCUCAAGAACGGCCGCCUGGCAAUGUUCUCAAUGUUUGGAUUCUUUGUUCAGGCCAUUGUCACUGGAAAGGGUCCUAUUGAGAACCUUUUGGAUCACAUUGCCGAUCCCGUUGCCAACAAUGCUUGGGCUUUUGCCACUAACUUCGUUCCUGGAAAAUGA